GUAGCAAAGCAAGGUUAAGGUGUAGUGUGUCUAUUGCCGACUGCUGACGAACGCGUCGCAUAGUAGUUCUAGUGUUUCGUUCGUGCACGCUACCUAUAGCAGCUAGCCACAUUAGUUAUUUUGAGAGGUUAAGUUUAAUGAUUCGUGGUUUUUAAAAAUUGCUUAUAAUGUGCGGCAUUUGGGGAACUUUUGGAGUAGACGGAGGAUUGAGUGCGACAUGUAACAAAUGUUUUGGGCAAAUCGAGCACCGGGGUCCCGACGCCUGGCGCAUAGAGCAAGAUGCCAGAGAACCGAAAGCCAUACUUGGCUUCCGAAGACUGGCAAUCGUCGACGGCCUGCACGGCAUGCAGCCGAUGCGUUUACACGCAUUCCCCCGCUCCACCUUAAUCUGCAACGGCGAAAUUUACAACUGCAAGCGAUUUCAAGAACAAUACCAAUUUUCUUAUGAAACAAAUUGCGACGUCGAAGCCAUCAUACAUCUGUAUCAUAAAUUCGGUAUUGCCGAUACGAUAAAGCAGCUCGAUGGCGUAUUUGCGAUCUGCCUUGUAGAUGGUAAGAAUAAAAAAGUGUAUUUCGCUCGUGAUCCUUACGGAGUACGUCCAUUAUUUAAACUGCAAGAUGACGAAAAUGGUGUCGUUGCUAUUUGCUCCGAAGGCAAAGGUUUAAUGGGUCUUAAGCUUAAAGCGAGUAAGAGCGCUACAUUGGCUCAAUUUCCACCCGGGCAUUUUGAACAAUGGAGUAUAUUAGAAAAUGGGAAGAUGAAACUGGAUUACGCAGAGAAAUAUUUCACGCCAGGUAUGCCACCAAGAUUUGUGCCAUUUGUUUCAGAAGAUGUGCUUGCAAGCAUGGACUUAAAACAAAAAACUGCAUACUUAUUAGAAGCAGCUUGCCGAAAGAGAUUGAUGUCAGAUCGAAGAAUAGGUUGCCUUCUUAGUGGAGGCUUAGAUUCUUCUCUCAUUACAGCACUUGUAGUUAAACUGGCGAAGGAAGAAAACAUACCUUAUAAAAUCCAAACAUUCGCUAUUGGUAUGGGUGACUCUCCAGAUCUCGUGGCGGCUCGGAAAGUAGCGGAUCACCUUCACACUGAACAUCACGAAAUCAGAUUUGAUGAAAAUGAUAUACAGGAAGAAUUAGACAAUGUUAUUUAUCAUUUAGAAUCAUUUGAUAUUACAACAAUACGUGCUAGCCUUCCUAUGUUCCUUUUGGCUAAAUAUAUUAAAAAAAAUACUAACACUACAGUAAUAUUUAGUGGCGAAGGUGCUGAUGAGCUGGCACAAGGUUAUAUCUAUUUCAGAGAUGCUCCCUCUGCCACAGCUGGCCAUGAUGAAAGCAUUCGUCUCUUAUCAGACAUUUAUCUUUACGAUGGAUUGAGAGCAGACCGCACAACUAGUGCAUUUAGUCUAGAGCUGAGAGUUCCAUUUUUGGACAUCCAGUUCACAAACCACUACUUGAGCGUUGACCCUAAAUUACGCCAACCACAAGACGGAGUUGAAAAGCAUUUAUUGAGAAGCAGUUUUGAUAAUAGCGAACUCUUGCCCAGCUCUAUCUUAUGGCGACACAAGGAAGCAUUCAGUGACGGCGUCGCAUCUGUUAAGAAGUCGUUGUUUACUACUAUAUCUGAAAUUAUUUCGGAGAGAUUAAAGGAUGAAGAUAAAGAUUACGAGGGUUUACAGCCUACAACAAAGGAAUCAAGGUACUACAGAUAUAUUUUUGAGAAAUCUUUCCCUGGACAACAUUGUUUUACACCAUAUUACUGGAUGCCAAAAUGGGUGCAAGUUUCAGAUCCAUCUGCAAGAUUCAUCAAACACUACGCAGCUUCUUCGACAUCAGACAGUAAAUUUUAUUAGAAUUAAUAUUUUUUUUAUAUAAGAUUAUUAAAAAAAUUGUCUUCUUGUCACUUUUAGGUUGAUUUAAAGUUCUUUUAAUUUAAAUGUACUUAUCCAGUUAAUAUAUGCACUAGAUUGAAUUAGUGGCCAAGUCUUAUUUUUAUCUGAUUCUGAAUCUCCUCUUUGACAAUAUUGUGUUAUUGAGAUUGAAAUUAAAUGUAUUUUUUUUGUUUUCAAUAAUGAAUAUAAAUAAGUAUGUAUAUUCUUAAUUAACACGCAUCAUUUUUAUUAAGUAGGUACUUAUUAUUUAUGGGACUUAUUAUUUACGUGAAAAGAUUAAAUAAAUAAUUUUAGUUUUUGUUGCUGUUGA